AGGCCUACAAUUCGAUGCUGGGACCAUGGCUGCGGUGGUCGAAAGUUCUCCUCGAUCAGCAACUACAGACGGCACCAGCGUGAACGUGCGGGUCAGACUACAGUGUGCUUUUGUCCACGGUGUGGUGCCGCUUUCUACAGACGUUGGACCAGAGACCAUCAUGUGGAGCGAGGUAGCUGCUUGAGA